AUGACCACCCCUUCCGGAAUCGAGGUGUCCUUGAGCAAUCAGGACCAAUGGGAGAAGUUCCACCCGAUGACCGAAAUGAUUGUCACGAGAAAAGCAGGACGUCGGUUAUUCCCGCAUUUGAAGUACACCUUGAAGGGAUUGAAGCCAGAUGUAAAGUACGGUCUGUUCCUUCAUUUCGAAAGAAUGGAUAACAUAAAGUACAAAUUCUCGGUCAAUAAAUGGAAAGAGUUCUCGAAAGGCGACGAGAUCCGGCCAGUCGAAAGGAAGCUGCACAAGGAUGGAUGGAGGCUUGGAGGUCAUUGGAUGGAGAAUCCAGUCUCCUUCGAGUUUAUUAAAGUCACUAAUAAUCCGGAAAUGGAUAAGGAUGAUGCUGUUUUGGUGCAAAGCAUGCACAAGUAUUUACCAGUUUUGAGCAUCCAGAGAGAGAAUGCGGAGAAGGAGGAAUUCCGAUUUGGAGUCACCGAGUUCAUGGCUGUCACAGCCUACCAGAACAAGAACAUCAUCCAAUUGAAAAUUGAUAUGAAUCGAUUUGCAUCCGGAUUCAAGGAAGAUGGAGGACACAACAAAUCUCCAAAUACCGAUUCUGGACCACGUGGAGUCAAAAGACAAUCCACAUCACCAGAAGUGUAUGGAUCGGUGACUCCACCAUCAGCCCCGUGGACCCCUCCGUAUAACCCAUUGACCCCAUUAAGAUACAACAACACUCCAGUGGCACCAAUGUAUCAUAUGUACCCAUGGCAGAUGCCAAUGGGGAUGUAUCCUAUGUUCCCACCAAUGAGUUCAGGAAUGGCUCCAGGAAUGGCUCCAGAGGUAUCUAUGAAUUCUAGCAUGCCACCAGUUGCUGACGUCUUUCAAAAUCAGCCAGCUAUGCAACAGAACCCAAUCUAUAUGGGCAUGCCGAUGGGACAAUGGAAUAUGGGAAAUGGAAAUGGAAUGGAGAAUCGGACGCCACAAUCGGAAUUCCCAAACUACACGUUUUAA